CUGCAUCUCGCGUCAGCUGAUCUUUUAUCGCCUGCCCGCUUCUGUUUUCCCGGAUCAGAGAGUGACAGAUAUCACACGACCCGUGCUCGUGUCGAUGAGGAGAGGAAACUCGUCAGUCAUGACCGUGUAGCUAUUCAAAGACGCUGCGACAGAUAAACGCAGAACAUGAUCUGAAGUACAUUACAAGUGCACUUCUUUUGCACAAGGGUGACCCGUCUACAAUGAUUCCGGAUGCAUUCUGAAUAUGUGAAGUGGGACUAACUGAAGCUAGACGAGCCAUGUUGGCCACCCAAACACCUGAGAGCGGCCCGGAGGCAAGAGAUGGAAAACAGUGGAUCAAGGAAAAGAUCGCACGGACCCUAAAAGUCCUGCAGAAGCGGUACAUCACCACAGACACGGCGGUCACCAGCGAGGACCUGGAGGCUAACCUGCUGUGUUGUGCUUUGGAGGCGGUCUUCAUCCAUGGAAUCAAGAGCAAGUUUAUUCGAUUUGAUGGAAGUCACGCGCGCAAAGGAGGGUCGCGAGGAGCCCUUCCUCAGCCCGUCUUCUGGAGCCUGUUGAAGAGCGUCACCCACAGGGAUGUCGUUCAAGAACUGGAACGUCUAAGCUUCAUAAACUCAGACAUCGGGCGCUGCAGAGCAUGGGUUCGCCUGGCGCUAAACGACGGGCUUCUGGAGUGUUACCUGACCUCGCUGUUUCGCGAAGGGUCCAACUUGGGCUCGUACUAUCAGCCCGGGGCUCUUUUGCUGGACCCAGAGGACCGCGAGGUUCUCCUCACCCUCCUGCAGUGUUUGUCCUCCAUGACCUUCCAGCUCUCUUAUAAAUCAGCAGUGCUGAAUGAGUGGACCAACACACCUCUGGUCCUCGCGGGUCUGUGUCCCCCAACGCCAGCCGACGAGCAACUUGUAGGCCCCAAGCGCAAAGAGUCUUGGGAUACGGUCUCCCAGUCAUCCGGAGGUUCUGGAGGCUCAGACUGGGCUCAGGAGGUGCUCCAGAGGGAGCCCAGGAAAGAGCAGAGCGAGGGAUGUGAGCCGAACACUCUGCUGACGUCGUCAAACCUGAGUCUGGACACGUCCGGAUCAUCACCGCUGUCCUCCAGCCUGAGCUCUGAUAGUCUGCUGCAGGGUCAGGAGCUCAGGAGUCCAGAGAAGGAGCCCUGGAGCUGUGACACGGAGAUCAGCCAACACACACGACAGAAGAUCACCGCUUCAGAAGAGAGCGGUUGCUCGGAUCAGGACUUGAAGGAAGACUUGGAUGUGUCCGUACCAGCUUCAGACUCUGCAGCUCGAGCUGAUGAUACGAGCACACACACACCUCCAACAGCUGCACAGGACACACAUCAGUCAGAUGCACACAUCUCAGAACAAUCUAAAGCAAGCUCAGAAAAGAUGUCAGCUGAGACGGAAGAAGGGACAGCGGAAGAAUCCGAGACUCUAGAUGAAACCGUCAUCGAGUCUGCAGAAAGUGAGCAGAAGAAAGACUCCUCUGAUGAUACUGGGACCGAAAAGACCUCUGACCCUGACGCUGUUUCUCCAGAGACCCCUACCGUCUCUAGCUCAGUGGAGCAAUCCCAGCAUGCCGCAUACAGACGCGCCGCGAGUACCGUCAGUAGGAAAACCUCCACAGACUCUCUCUAUUCCUCCUGCAUAUCCACAUCUUGGAUAUCAGAGGAUGACUUCUACAAGCCAGAAGAAAUGGGCAGUUCUGAAGCGUAUGCCGUCAUUGACGUUGUGCAGAUGAACGGACAGGUGACGCUUACCUCUGAACCAGACAGCGUCCAGCCUCCACCCAGUGUAGUGCACCGGAGACCCAACGGUCUUCGUAACCCGUUCAGGGGUCUGCUGAAGCUGGGUCAGCUGCAGCGCCGCGGUGCGGUGGGCAUGUGGAGGGAUUAUUACUGCGAGCUCUCUCCGUUUGAGCUGCGGCUUUACACCAACGCAGAGGAGCGCAUCUGCUAUGAAAACCUGUCCCUGCUGCGCUGUGAAGACGUCCACCUGUCCUCCAGUAACGAGGGACGGUUCCGGCUCUCCUUUUCGGGCAAAAGAAUCUACCUGCGUGCUCCGUCUCGAGGAGAGGCCGAGGACUGGGUGGAUCGCAUCGUGGAGGCCAUCAACAAACUACGUCCCACAAUGAGAGAUGAACAGUGGGAGGUGCUCCACACGUCCAGCGACCAGGACGUCCCCUCACAGACACCCUCAACCCCCAAACACAUCAUCUCAGGACUUCCAGAUCCUCCACCGUUAGAUUGGACCCGUCUUAAGGACCCCGAGCCAGAUGCUGUGAAGGAAGCGGUGGUCUAUCAGAACUUGGAGGAGAAGGGUUGGCGCUCUGUUUUACUCUCGCUCUCCUUGGAGGCCCUCAGGGGGUACCGGGUCCAAGGGGACUCCAAGGUGCCCCUCUUCUCUUACUCCAUUGGGAGCAUCAGGGAUGUGGUUCCUGAUGUUUCUUUAGGAAGUCCUGCGUUCUUUAAGGUUCUGACUGCGCAGGAGACUCUGACGCUGCGGGCGGAGAGCGGAGAGGCAGCGCGAGGAUGGAGGAGUCUGAUCAGAGGAGCGCUCGACUCGUAUCUGGAGACGGAGGAUGAUGGCGUCUCAGCAGUGGUCCAACACAGACUGAAGGGGGAUGGGGGGCUGCUGUCUCACCUGUCUACUGUCCCGAAUGAGAGGGGACUAGAUGCACAAAACUUUAAAUGUGCAGGUUGCCCUCGUCAGAUCGGGAUGUCUCUGGGGAGAGCCAGGCUCUGUGAGUUCUCGGGUCAGUAUUACUGUGAGCGCUGUCAUCAGGGAGACACCACCAUCAUCCCCUCACGCAUGCUGCACAACUGGGACCUCACAAUGCAUGAGGUCUCAAAACAAGCCUUUAAGUUGCUGACACAGAUCGAGCACGAGCCGCUCCUGAACCUUGACCUCCUGACCCCUGACCUGUUUGAUCACACUGACAUCAUGGCUAAAGUACGGAGUCUGAGACAGAGGCUGCGUUUCCUUGGAGAUUACAUCCUCAUCUGCCGCAGUGGCAUCAGCAGACAGAUCCAACCCAGACUUCAGCAGCGGACAUACUUACUGGAUAACAGUGAUCUCUACAGUGUAUUGGACUUGCAGCAGAUCGCAGACGAGCACUACGAAUCUUACCUGCAGUCUCUGAUUCAGUUUGGGACCAAGCACGUGCUCCACUGUGACCUUUGCACCCAAAGGGGCUUUAUAUGUCAGAUCUGCAACACCGACAACAUCAUCUUCCCUUUUCAGUUCGACAGCACCACCAGGUGUAACGUCUGCAAGACCGUGUUUCAUUCCUCCUGUAAGGCCAAGUGUCCGGUCUGUCCACGCUGCGUCCGCAUACAGAAGUACAUGGAGAGGGACUUGGAGGACUGAUUUAGCUGUCAGUUAAAAACAUGCACAAAGCUGAAAAUCCAGGGUUUGUACUACUGUAUAUUAUUGUGAUACUCAAAUCUGUAAGUUAUUUUCUCAGUAGCUGACCAACUGGAAGCGUUUGAUCGUUUUUUUACACUAAGCGUUUCAUUUGACUCAUCUGAAACUCUACUUUUAAGUGCACUUAUUUACACAUUCACAUGUACAUAUUCACUCACAUCAGCACUCCGGUGUGUGUUCUUUCAUGAAAUGUUAAUAAGCUGUUAUUAAAGCUAUGAUUUUUGCUUUUUUUUAACUUUAUGGAAACACACUUGAUGGUUACUCACUUUUCUGGGCUUCACAUGUUAUUCUGCAGGCUACUGUUCACAAUCAGAAGUCUUGGUUCUCUUCUUUUUUUUUUUUUGUGUAGUCAUUAUUGAUUGUCAAGUCUUAUUUAUGAAACUUAAGGCACUUAAAUGCCAAGGAUCUUAUAACUUGUUUUUAUAGUACUAUUUUUGCAUCUGAAUGUCACAUGCCAAGUUUUAUAUGAAGCAUUACGAGUUUGCAUUGUAUGCAUUAAUAAGCAUAUUUUCCUAUAUGCAGGAAUCGUAUGCAUUUAAUAAGAGGAUGGUUAUUGAAAUUAUGAAAUGUACCAACACUUACAACCUCACUUUAACAGGUCAUUUUUGUACCAUACUGUGCCUUUAUUUUCAUGUUUCAUAGUAGCAUCCUUCAUCACUAAAACUGGUCGUGCCAAAAAUGUAACCGUUACAAGCCAAUGUGAAUUAUUAAAGCUCAUCACAAAAUCA